AUGCCGGCACGCCGCCCUUGGGCCUCUCGGCCGGCUGCCGCGGCCGCGGCCUUGCUGGUCCUCGGCGGCGCUGGCCCGGGAGACCGCCGGCGCUGCCUUGGGGCCGCCUGGCAGCCCGCGCCGCGGGCGGUCGAGAGGUGGCGCGGCCGGCCCAGCCGCACCGGCGCGCGCGUCGUGGCCAGCCGCCCCGCCGCGCCAGCGGCGAGCGCGCGGCCCAGAGGCCGUGCCGCCGAAGCCGCGGGCCGGCAGACCAGUCCCAUCGUGAUGUCGGCCAAGCUGCCGGUCACUUACCCCGAGCCCCAGAUCGAUGUCGGAGUAUUCGCGACCACGGCCGCGCUGCUCGCCUCGGUGCCCGUCUUCUUUUUCUACUCCUUCCUCCAGGGGCGAGCCAUCGAGGCGGGUCGGAAGGUGCUCAACGCCAGGGAGCGGGUGGACCGGCUGAUGGCGUUGCCCACCGUGGACGAGGAGGAGCUGCGCAACCGCAGGCUGGCCGCGGAGCUGGCGAUCGAGGAGUACGCGGAGCUGAAGUACUUCCGGCUCGGCCCGCUCAGGAUCGACAUGGUGCCUCCGGCCAAGAGUGCGAGGUCGUCAUCUGACGCUGACAUGUCGUAG